AUGGACGGCUUUUACGACAAAAACAGAUGGUGCGUUGUCUGUCAUCGACCCAACCACGAUGGCCUCCCCCGAUGCGAGGCGUCUCCGCCACCGAUUGUCUUCGACAUCGGCCACGAAGCUCACCUCGCGGCAUCGCCAGAUUCCAUCAGACUGGCGCCACCUCUAGAUAUCGACUUCGAUCGCCCUCCCAGCAUCAAGACCCUGUACGACAGCCUGUGCCGCCUCGCCAGCCACCUGUCUACAUACGAAGAACACAUCAAGCACCGCGACGACCUCAUGGUCCAGCAGUACAACAUGGUCGUGGAAUGGGAGACCAACCCUGGCGAUUCGUCAGAACUUCUCUUGCCGCAAGAUCGCGCCCGCACAGACAAAUAUGCGAGAAUCCUAAACCUCAAGGGUUGGGUUGAGACGAUCUACAAGGAUGUCGUGUAUGAUCCCAUGUGCAGACAUAUCCGAAGCCUGCCCGUACUGGCCACCGAGAACCCGAAUGUGUCGAAGGAAUACGUCUCAAGAGUGCUCAUAGCAGGUUAUGACCCUCCCAAGCCCAAAAACGUCGUCCAGCGUUGUCAUGAACUGCUCAACUACGACUUCCGUAUGGCCGAGAUCAACCAGCCUCUGAUGGACAAAGUGGAGGCGUUGUGUAACGACAACCCCCGGAUGGACGAAGCGCAAGAGUUGUACAACGAUAACGUUGCUCGAAUCUUCGGCUUGCUAGAGAAAUUUAGGCUGAUGGAGAACGAUGAGAGCUGGGACUCGUUUGAGCGAUUCGAGUGGCCGGAUCUGCGAUACUUGACGACUUGGAUGCGUUACCCAGAUGGAGAUCAACUUCGAGGAUUGCAAAACGGCGGAUUCUAG